AAAAAAGUUUAGAAUGAUUCCCAAUGAUCUUGAUAACUUGUUUCUCUGUUUUGAUUCUCUGAAUUACUGCUUACUGCUUACAGAUGAGCUUUAUUUCUUUUGAUGAGCAAACAAGAAAGUCAGUAGUGUUGAAUCCCCGUCUGCCACUGUCACAGAGUCUGUGCUGCGUUUCCUGGCUGAUAUUUGAUGGAUGGAGAUUUUCUUGGGUCAUCACUUAUUCCACAUAUUUUUAUCCGCAAAGGAAUAUUUUUAAUGUUCUUAUUAAAAGUGGUAUUUUUAUGAGACAUCAAUUUAUCAAGAUGGUCAUGCGAUAUAACAAUUUACCACUGUUGACAAAGGUGGUCUUCUUCACUCCUUCUUGGCUCAUCUUCCAGAUUCAUGGUCUGUGCCAGAUUGCACUGGGACAUGGGGAAUGUCUGAGCUGAUACAAGAUGCACAGCUGGAAUGUGAGGCUGUCAGUGAGAAGGUGGAAGGGGCACUUUCUUUCCCUUCCUGAACAGUAAAUCCCUGCAGCAAAAUUAGCUGCUCUCAUGUUCUGAAAUUGUGCUCUCUGAAUUCAUUUUGCUUUCUUUGGAGCAAAGUUGCAAAUCAGAUUGGAGAAGCCUCCUCACACCGCAUCAAACUGUGGCAGAGUAUGAAAAAACAUCAUACUACUUAAUAAGUUAUGUGGCAGACAACAUCAGAAUUACUGUAUUUUUAACAUAAAGUUCUAAAGGCAGGUAAACUUAUCUAUUCUAGAGGUGUCGUUUUUAUUAGCAAACACUAUUAUUAUUAAUAAUUACAUUAUUAUUAUUAUUAUUACUACUAUUAUUAUUUUAUUCUUUUCCAGACUAUUCAUAUUCUAUUAUUUCUUUUCCUCUGCUUUUGAAACAAGAAGAAAAGGUUUCAAGGAAGAGAAAGCAGUUCCUGAGGAAGACUUUUGUGUUGACAGAGAAGAAGCUAAACAGUCCCAUUACUUUAAUCACCUGUUCUGACUAAAAUAUGUGUUAGCUGAAGUAUGUUUGCCUGACAUAAAAUCAGCUCAUGUUUUGAAAAAGAAAUGGCUGCUGGGUAAAAGUUAUGUGCUGCAAAUUUCUAAAUAAAAUGGAAAGAAAGAGGAUUAGUUAUGCUGGAAAUAAUAAUGCAAUACUAGCUACUAACUAUGCCACUAACUGAGUACUAUAUAUUAAAACUACUAUAUGCAAACUAGAUACUAGCUAUACUACUAACAAGGUCUAUGGUAUCAAAACAAUACAAAGAUAAGAACAGUUCAAUACCAGGAGUUUGCUUUUAAGUUGGAAUAUUGAAGAAAUCUUUCACAAGUGUAAUUAAUUUGUAAAUGCUUGAUGUGUACAAAUUAGAUCUGUCCAGUCAUCAGAGAUUAUUGCUCUUUCAUGCUUUGUUUCAUGACAAUAUUUAUAUAGAAAACAAUUAUAUUGUCAAUCUACACAUUUACCCUCCAAUCAGAUUGUGGCUGCCAUUCCAAACAAAGACAAACAGAAACCCACAUUCUACAUUCUUAGCAGAGGGAAAGGAUUAUUCUUUGACAUUAAUAGUAUAAUGUGUGCUUUGUAACAAACAGCAACUUUGAGAGUGGUACUGUGGAUGGAAGAUUGGGGCAGAUGGAUGUUAAUAUCAUCAGAGAUCCCUGCUUGCAGACAAAUAGUCCUGAAUAGAGAAUUAGGUCAUGAAAGAGCUUGAAUUUAUUCAAUGUUUUCUAAAUAAAAAGCAGUAAGAAAUCAAAACCAAAAGCCCUUAUUCUUUAAAGCUAAAAAGAUCGGAAAUUCAUAUGAGCCAGUUAUGAAUUUCCAUGGCAAAAUUUUCAUUCAAAUCCAUUUAUUUCGGUGUAAUACCUUAUAUCUCAGAGAAGAAAAAAAUUUAGAUUAAUUUUCCAGACUACAGAAUAUUUUCUCAAAAAUAUGAAGGUCUGUAUAAUAAGAGACUGUGCAGUAUUUAAAGUUGCGAAUGCUGUCUAACUGGAUUUUAUUAAAGCAUUUGACAAUGUUUCUCACAGCAUUUUUCUGGAGAAGCUGGCUUGACAGCUUGAACAGGUAUAUAGUUUGCUUGGUGGAGAAUUGGGUAGAGGCCCACCCCCACAUCCUGUGAUACCCUCCUAUCCAGAUUCACUCACACACCCUGCCCAGCUCCAUCUAACAGCCAGCACAGGUAGCCUCUUCUCCACGUUAAAUCACUGCCCAUACCCCAUAGAAAAGCUUGAAAAAGAUGAAGAAAAGAUGAUUGCCAUGUAUGGCUAUUUAGCUUUAUCUUUAGACAUAGGUUAUACUCAAAGCCACCACACAAACCUUCUAUCUAUAGAAUUAAACUGAAAAAUACUCUUUUGUCAUGGAUUUCUCAUCAGCAGUAUCAAAACAAUAAACAGGAAUUGCUCAGCCCCUUUCGCAUUUGUUAAGUAUUACAUUUCACUAUCUCUUCUCUGACAGUAGUUGACAUGUACUCGUGAAAAAUUGUACCUCCCUCAGUAAGGGAUUUUCCUAGUCCCUCUCCCAGGGUACUAAAUGUUGAUGAGCCUCAUCUCUGUGUCUGGGAAGGUCAUGGAACAGAUCCUCGCUCUGCUCGCCGGGAUAAGAUGGCGGCGGCCGGAGUGGGCACGGGGCGGAAGCAGGUGCGGCAGGAGGAGCUGCGGCGUCUCAUGCGGGAGAAGAAGCGGCAGAACGCGGACAAGAAGCGGAUCGAAUCGCCUUUCGCCAAGUACAACAGCCUGGGCCACCUGAGCUGCACGUUGUGCAGCGCGCCCGUGAAGAGCGAGCUGCUGUGGCAGAUUGACGUCCUGGGAAAGCAGCACCGCGAGAGAGUUGCAGAAUUAAAGGGAGCAAAGCAGGCAGCAAGUGGUUUAGCUGCUGGUGCAUUGCCUCAGCCUGUCAAGAGAAAAACUGCCGAUGCAGAAAGCACACAGUUAAAGAAAACAAAAGGGCCAGGUUGAGGCACAGGGGCAUCCCAGGAAGAGGCAGCAGCACCACCAGGGCCAGCCUGAGGAGUCAGCAAAGAUUCUUUUGCCUCUGUGCGCAGCACCUGAGGAGACAGAAUGUCCAGCAGCUAGAGCAGCACUUCCUGGCCCAGCCAAAGCAGCACGGCUAAACAACAGCAGCAGUCAAACGGGCACCUCAGACCUGGAUGUGGCUGACAUUAAAGCUAUCAGGGCAGUGCCAAAACU